AUGAGGCCUUCCUGGAUCCAGGCUGCCACUUUUCUUUCCUCUCUGUCUUCUGCUGCCAUAAUCCCCCGUACUCCCACCUUCGACCACUCUGCAAAGGAUAUUACUACAGUUGCUGGUACAACAGGCUGCUUUGAUGGAUCUGAGGAUGGACUGGAGCUUACUCUCGAGAUUGACUCGGCGGAAGAGGAAUGCGCCAGGACAAGACCCCGCCUGAAUGGCGUUGCCCUAACAUCAAAUGCCCAUGAUGCCGUCCUCACAGGCAACGUUGCGUUGAAAGUUCGACGUUCUGACGAUUCUGGUGACGCGGAUAUUGAGGCCAAGUUCACGUCGACUUGCAUCAGGGGUCAGGCGUCUUUCUUGACUGUUCAGUUCACCAACCCUACUGCCGACGAACAAUCCCAGGCUGCCUCGGGCUUCACGACUUCUUUCACACAGGUAGGCCAGCCUGCCAUUCUCCGGCUACGCAACAGGCCCACCGUCAACGUCCAGCCCCUGAAGAUUUGUAAAUCAUGGGUAUUCCCCUCGGACUCCCAGAGAGUGUCCGUGACGGCUCCAUCUCCGACCCCGGACACUAGCCGUGAUGAGAUGAUGGACGACCAGUACAAGAAGUUGGACGAAUUGUUUGGACAACUCGCAGACAAGCAUGACGAAAUCUAUUCAACCGAAAAGGCUAUCAUCUCGAUGGUCAAGGAUGAGUUUAGGUCAUGCUCGACCAUCAGGUGCUGGUGGGAUACUGCCAAAAGCAAAAUUCCCGUUGUUUGCAGAAUGUUCACUGCUCAUUGGACUCAUCACAAGACUCGCGUGUCUGGUUGCAUUCAGGGCAAGGCUCAGGCUGCCUGCACCGCUGAAGAACCCAGUGUGCCCGCAAAGGAGCAUGGCUCGACUAAUGAUGAGGUUGAUGGAGUUGUUAAGGCCGCCACAAGCACCUUCGCUACCAGAGCAGAUACUACUCCCACUGCAACUCCCACUGUCAACGACAUGCACUCAGCAGUUGCUCCUACUGUACUGCCUACGGCUCUCGGCGCUGAUGUGUCCACCUCAGAGCCGUCCUCUGCGAAGGAUACUCCAGACUCAGAACCACAAGGACACCAUGGUCCCCCUCCUGGGUUCAAACCAUGGAAAGGAGACGGACCUCCCCCUUGGCAUCACGGCCCCCCUCCUUGGUUCAAGCCUGGAGAUCAUCACGGCCCCCCUCCUUGGUUCAAGCCUGGCGAAGGCCAUCACGGCCCCCCUCCCUGGUUCAAGCCUGGCGAAGGCCAUCACGGGCCCCCUCCACCAUGGAGAGGGGACAGCCCUCCGCCUUGGGCUCCUGGUCAUGAAGACCAUACGCAGGAAGAACCGGAGAGUCACAGCACCCGUCUUGGAUUGGGCUCAUUCCAUCUAACCGGGGACCGGAGCGUUUUCGAUUACAAACUGACGUUGAUUGUGAUCUUGUUCAUACUCACGAUCAUCAUUGGCGGAGUAUUUUUCAAACUGAUCCGCAUGUGUCGCGAUCCACGACGACGAGCUGAACGAGCUGCCUGGGUUGAAGAACGCCGAACACGUCGGCUUUAUCGGAAGGCGGCCUGCAAGCACAAGUGGAGGACGUGGUGGAGUCAACUUUUUUGUCUCAUGUCAGCGAACUUUGAAGAGAAGAUGGGCAAUUUACCUGGGCAAGGGCGUGAAAACGAGAACGUUCUCCAUCGACAAAUCAGGGCGCUCAGAGAUGUCGCCAGCCUGGUGAGAAACCUUGUUGCGGCUGAAGAAGGCCGUUCCCAGAUUCAGGCCGACGGGGCCUCGGAAAGCUCGUCACAAUCGGAUCAAACUCCGGCCCCAGUCUAUAUUGCAUCACUUUCUCCACCUCCUUCAUACUUUGCCCCUCCGCAGUAUGAAGAAGAAAUCCGGGGUGAAAUCACAGUUGUUGAAGGGUUCACAUAUACGCCUAGUCACUCCGGCUACACACCCAGUUCUAUUGGCGAUGCAGCAGAGAGCAGUAUCGUCGACUGCAGCCCAAGACUCAGCUUCGAAACCGGUCGAUCCACAGUUUUUACCAGGGAUGCCGAAUGA